AUAUUGAGAGACAGUCGCUCACUGCCGCUUUCCGCGCAUCACCUCUUGCUAAUUAUACACAAAUAUAAUGUACUUUAAUACCCGUAAGAGUAACCGUUAAACGAUUAAAAUGUACCCGGACUAACCUCUAAUGGUGAAAUGUGAUGGAAUUUUGGUGAAUCAGUUCGUGAAUAGAUGAGAUAAUAAUUUGAAGAAUAGAGAAUGUGGUAUCAAGGAGAAGAUGAUGAGGACGAGGACCUCAUGUGCUCGCCAGCGAUCCUGGCGCGCCGCGCUUCGGAGAGCUGGAUUAACGUGCCUCCAGUGGAGAUGUUAAGCACGCCUCAGACGCUCCAGCGCAAGAAGUCCCUCCCAGACGUAGCGGGCAUGCCGCAGGCGGCCAACAGCGGCAUGUCGCGCGAGGAGGUCUCCAUGCUGGGCUCGGCGCGCCGCGAGGAGGUGCGCCGCAUGUACGAGGAGUCGGAGAAGCUGAGAGCCAACCCUCUGCUCUACUUAGUCAGUCCGCAAGUCAAGGACUGGUUCUCGCGGCAGCAGCUGGUGAUCCUAGUGUUGUUCAUCAACAUCUCGCUGGGCAUCAUGUUCUUCAAGCUGCUCACGUAGCGGCGGUGGCGGCGCGCCGCGCCCCCUCAGCGCAUAUGCGACCACUGUAUAAAUGUGGAACACAUUUUCAAAGUUACCGAAAAAUAGCCAAACAUUUAAUGUUCAAAAGUGUAUACAUUUUAUUACCUACCCGAGCCUU